UUUUGGUUUUUCGGUUUCAUCGAUGCGUAAAGCACUCCUACGUAGUUCUAAGUUACACUUGAAUGCGUCGUAAAUGAAGCAGACAAGGCGUCCUAACUCUGUGCCAAAGGUUGUGAAAGGAAAUUAUGUGCGUAAAGCACUUUCACUUUUACAGCUGAUACCGAAACGAAGAAAUGAACAGAUAGGAAUUACAACGAAAUAGAAUUUUAACAACCAGAAAUACAAUUAGAUUUCGGAGGCAAGCUGCGUAAAACCAAAACAAGCUUCAGCUCACUAAAGCAAUUUUUACGGGUCAUUAAAUCCACGAUCUUUCUUUAUAAAAAUUGCAUUCGUCAAAGCAUAUUUCAUAUCGCACAAACAGGAGAUGCAUAGAGCUGAAAGUGUUUUAGAGACCCAUUUUGCAAUACUGUGUGAAAUUCUAAAACAUUUCCUUGCAAACAGCGUUUUUAAUAAAGAUGUUUAAAAUUCAGGAAGAGAUUUUGGUCGAGUUUUUCAUGCAUGCUUGCCCAAGUAAAAAAGAGCCCUCUAAGAGUCGGUUUUAGCGUGUAAACAGAAUUCGGCAUUUUUUUCUCUAUUGUACACCUUGAACGCCCUACCAAACAAAGGACGCCUUCUACAGCCUGAUGAUCAGAUAUGCAAGAAUUUCAAUAAAAGAACAUUGUAGGCUGACUCAAAAAUUAUUCACGCCUCGAAGUCGCUGGGGUCAACAACUUGGAGAGUUUAGUGAAAUUACUAGCUCACAACAAGAUGAUUCGUGAGGCUGCUUUAGGAAUAUUGCUCGUUGUCUGCAUUGCAAGCAUUGACGCUUUUCCAAGAAAUCGACUUGAUCGAGCGGGUCACCUCAAAAGUUAUGACCCACUGUACAAAAGAAAUGGAUUGCAUUCUCCAAUAGUGAGGAAUCUCUAUCAACGUCAUUAUAGCCCAAUUGGAGCCAGGACUCUGUCACAGAUCGAAUAUGAGCUACAACAAAUUGAGAACAGGAUGGAUGAAGAAGAGGAAGAAGAAAGCACUGGGGGAUCUGCAGCAGUGGAAGAGGAAGAAGGAGAGGAGGAAGAAGGAGAGAAGGAGGAGGAAGAGGAGGAAGAGGCAGGAGAAGAGGAAGAAGAAGAGGAAGAGGAGGAGGAAGAGGAAGAGGAAGCUGGUGAAGAGGAAGAGGAGGAAGAAGAAGAAGCUGGUGAAGAAGAAGAAGAGGAGGAGGAAAAUGAGGGUGAAAAAGUAGAGGAGCAAGAGGAAGAGGAGGGUGAAAAAGAAGAGGAGGAAGAGGAAGAGGAAGGCGAGAAGGCAGAAGAAGAGGAAGAAGAAAUGGGAGAAUGGAUGGAGGAAGAAGAAGAAGAAAAGGGAGACAAAGAGGAAGAGGAGGAAAUAGAACAAGGCAAAAAAGAAGAAGAGGAAGAAAUAGAGGAAGGCAAGAAAAUAGAAGAAGAGGAGAUUGAGCAAGGUGAAAAGGAAGAGGAAAAGGAAAUAGAAGAAGGCAAAACUGAAGAAGAGGAGGAGAUUGAAGAAGGUGAAGAGGAAGAAGAAGAGAAAAUUGAGGAGGGUGAAAAAGAGGAGGAAAAAGAAGAAGAGGAAGGUGAAAAGGAAGAGGAGGAGGAAGCUGAGACAGGUGAAUACGAAGAAGAGGAAGAAGAAGAAGAAGGGGAACAAUAA